AUGUUGCAAGUACAACGAUGCAACUUCAUUCGCAAUUGCUGCGAUGAAUAUAUGAGAUGUGCGUCAAAUGCGACAAUAAAUUCGGUGAUUUAUCAAGAAUUGUAUGCGAAAGGUCGUUCGUUAAGUGCCGAAACAAGAAGGUGUUUGGAAGCGCAAAACAAAAAAUACGAUGGUGGAUCAGAUAUCAGUGAGCAGCCAUAUUUUGAUGAUAUGACAAGUGAGUCGAAAUCGCAGCUGUCAACUGAGGAACAACGUAGAAAACUGGAAGCGGUUUUGAAAUUUUUAAACUCACGAACACAAGCGCAAACAUCCGAAAGCAUCACUACGGUAACCACUACGCCGACAGCUGCAUUAACCACCACAUCCGUUACAACUACAGCAGCACCAACAACGAACAAGCAUGUGACCUGGAGCUAUCCCACCUUCCCUACAUUGCUGCCACCAUUGCCAAAUUAUUUUGCGAUCUUGUUUCCACCGCUGCAAACACCUUCAACGCCGGCAACAACUCCGCAAUCCACUACGAAAUCCUCAAGCACUCCGGAAGUUGAAUUCCAUGAUGACCAUACAGCGGACAUUUCUCCAGUGUUGAGUAGUGUCCAUCCGAAUCAGAGCGAUUGGGCGUCGUUUUGCAACGAAUCAUUGAGUUGUGAGCAUGAACUACUGAAACUUGAAACAGAAUGCUUUCUGAAACGAUCAGUUAGCUUCGAUCAAGAAGAAAUGUUAGAUGCGUUAAUCACAAUAAAAAUAAUCGAAAAUACAUUGGAUACGGAAUCAACACAACGUGCGAGAAGAACAUGUCAGAAUACAAUCAGAUCUGAAGAGUUGAAUCAGUUGAAAAAAUCAUUCAAAGCACUAGAAACGAAACGUGUGGAGUGCAUUCAACGGCGUAUUUUGCUGCAGUCAGAUUCAAUUCCACCCAAUGAUAUCAAUGAGACAGGAAUCAAGAUGGAUCAUUGCGAGAGUAAUAUUCUCACUGAAUCGUUAAGUGAAAGCCUCGAUUCGAAUUCAACGUACUCUCAACGACAACAACGGAAUUCACAAGAUUCAUGGGCUGAAAUGUUAUUCGAUAUGAGGAGUUGCGAUGAGUUGCUGGAGGAUUCCGAGCAAUCUCGCGAUCACAAAUUUCGAAUGCAUCAACUGUUAGUGAAUCAACGAGAAUGUGAACGAAAAAUGUUAGCUGCAAUCGACUCGACAUCAACCGAAUCAAAUCCCAUCACUUAA